CCACCUCUGCGGGCCCAGGGCGGCGGUGGGAAAGAUGAAGAACGAAAUUGCUGCUGUUGUCUUCUUUUUCACAAGGCUAGUUCGAAAACUUGACAAGUUGAAAAAAGAGGCAGUUGAGAGGUUUGCUGAGAAAUGGACUCUUAUACCUCGAGAAAAAUAUAAAAAUCACUGGUAUCCAGAAAAACCAUCAAAAGGACAGGCCUACAGAUGCAUUCGUGUCAAUCAGUUUCAGAGAGUUGAUCCUGAUGUCCUGAAAGCCUGUGAGAACAGCUGCAUCUUGUACAGUGAUCUAGGCUUACCAAAGGAACUCACUCUGUGGGUGGAUCCCUGUGAGGUGUGCUGUCGGUAUGGAGAGAAAAACAAUGCAUUCAUUGUUGCCAGCUUUGAAAAUGAGGAUGAGAAUAAGGAUGAAAUCUCCAAGAAAGUUACCAGGGCCCUUGAUAAGGUUACCUCUGAUUAUCAUUCAGGAUCCUCUUCUUCAGAUGAAGAAACAAGUAAGGAAGUAGAAGUGAAACCCAGUUCCAUGACUGCGACCCCAAGCCCUGUGUACCAGAUUUCAGAAUUGAUGUUCCCACCUCUUCCAUUGUGGCACCCUUUGCCCAGAAAAAAGCCAGGAAUGUACCGAGGGAAUGGUCCGCAGAAUCACUAUUCUCCUCCUAUUCCAUUUGGUUAUCCAAAUCAGGGAAGAAAGAAUAAACCUUAUCGCCCAAUUCCAGUAACAUGGGUACCUCCUCCUGGAAUGCAUUGUGACCGGAAUCACUGGAUUAAUCCUCACAUGUUAGCACCUCAUUAGCUGCUUUUGAUUCUGUUGGUGUCAGUGUUGAGAGAAGGUAGAAUAAGGCUGACCACAUUAAAAGUUAAAAAUUCAUACUCAUAGUAGUAAAGUUAGAUGGGCCAAACCGUCAAACUUAUUUUUAUAGAAAAGUUAUUGAUAAUAAUCUUUCUUAAAAAAUAUAUAUGCACUUUAGAUAUAUUGAUAUAGUUUGAGAAACUUUAUUAAAGUUAGUCAAGUACCUGAGUUUUUAAUAUUGGACUUGAGUAUUUAUAUAUUGUGCAUCAACUCUGUUGGAUACGAGAACACUGUAGCAGCAGACGAUCUGUUCUAGCACUUUUGAGCAUUUACUUUAUGGAGAGUAUGUAAGUUAUUUAUACACAGGAAAUCUAUUUUAUGUCAUUGUUUAGAAGAAUUACGUGAAAUCAUGUAGUUGCAAAUAAAAAGUAGUUUGAGGCCAAAAAAAAAAAAAGUCAUCAUAUUCUUUUGGGAAAUUUUUCUAAGAAUGGAAAUCUCCAGUGAGUGAGACGUGUUUCAAAAUACAUGGUGAGUUAGUUGAUUAGAAUAUUUAAGGUAAUUCUCCUUGGUGUUACUUUCUGAGUGAAGAGAAUGACAAUAUACUGGCUUUUACAAAGGGACUUUUUAAUCCAGCAAAUACUGGAUUUUGGCAUCAGACAAAGCUCUGCUCAGUUUCCAACUCUGCUACCAAGUUGUUUAAAUUUGAGAAGUUGUUUCAAACUCUCUAAAAGGAGAAGAGCAAGAGAAGAAAAAGGAGCAGAGAAGAACUACAACAGCCAGAAAACACUGAACAAAAUGGCAAUAUCAGUAAUUACUUUAAACACAAAUGGAAGGGACUGAAUUCUCCAAUCAAAAGACAUGACGUGGCUGAAUGGAUAUAAAAAGAAGACCCACCUAUAUGCUGCAUGUAAGAGACUCACUUUAGACAUAAGGACACACACAGACUGAACGUGGAGGGAUAGGAAAAGAAGUUUCAUGCAAAUGGAAACCCAAGAGAAAGCUGGAAUGCUGUACUUAUGCCAGACAAAAUAGACUUUAAAACAAAGACUGUAAUGAAAGACCAAGAGGGUAUUCCAUAAUGACAGAGGGGUCAACCCAACAAGAAGAUAGAGCAUUUGUAAAUGUGUGUGUGUGUGUGUGUGUGUGUGUGUUUAACCGACAAGCACCAAAAUACAUAAAGCAAAUAUUAAAGCUAAGUUAGAAGGUUUUGGGGUUUUUUGUUUUAUUCUUUUUAUUCUUUUCUUAUAAAAGUAACUUUAUGACAGAAUUAUCUUAAGGACUAAAUUUAAUGCAUGCUGUUUCUAGAUCACUGUCUAGCAGUUGGUCAGAGUAAGUUCCUUAAGUGUCCAUCAAACUUGGAGUCCCUCCUUGUCCCCAACAUGGAGCUAAACAAAGUGAUUGAUGUCAGAUCAUUCUAAGAUAUAUUCUCUGUUCUCAGUGACCUUGUCGGUUGGGCAGGAGGCUGUGCUUUGACUACGUGGCCACAGUUCUGGUCUCAGGGCUGGCCUCAGUAAUCUCUCCUGGAGCUCUGCAGUUGGCUUUUCAUUGGCCUUGCAAACCAAACUCUUGCUCUGUAGUUCAUUAUGUCAACACCUGCCUCUCCAAACUGUUCUCUGAUAUUGUACCCGAUACCUUCAAACCACAGGCUCACACUUCCCUGUCUCCUCUGUCAGAUCAGGCCAAGGCAGGCAGUUAUUAUCAUAAAGCAUGGUCUUUUGACACUGUUGAUUUGACCCAGCUCUUUUCAUAGAAAUUUUGACAACUGUUUGGACCAGGAGACAUUUUCAAGCAAUAUGGUGCAAUGGUUAAGAUGGCAUCUUGUAUGGUUUUACUGCCUUAAGUACAAAGCCAGAUUCUAUAAUAUACCAGCUCUGUGAUAUUGGGCAAGUUACUUAGCAGUGCAUAAUUUCCCCCAUUGGGACAGUAAUAAUAGUGCCUUUCGUCUAACUAUGGUAAGGCAGAAAAAACAAUGCAUCAAAAACCCUAACACUAGGUCUGACAUGUAAUAACUUGCUGUAGUAAAUGAACACAGCUUAAUGGAUAUUAGCUAUUUGGGGAUAACUAUUUCUAAGUUUUAUGUACAGAAAUCUGCAAACACUUAAAAAAAUCAUUAGUGUUUAUUUAGCAUCAUGUGCAAUGGGCAUCUGUGAGCCUUAAUAAGCUCCUCUCCCACUGCAUUUUGCAAAGCUUGCCCUGAAGCCUGGGAAUGGGUGAAGCUUACAGGUGAAUAAGGAGCAAAGAUGGGCUGAGCAUGCACACAUUUAUUGGCAUUGAAAAGAGCCGGAAAGUUGAAUGGUUCAUUUGUCCACUUGUCCUUGGUGCACAAAUUCCCAUGUCAAAACAGCUCUGUCAAAAUCUUAAGGACCAUAUUCGUAGCCUCACAGUGGGGUUGGAAUUAGCCUUGGUAUUGUCAAUCAGACAUUCCCUUUGCCCAGAAGAAGCCCAGAAUCCCCAUAUGCCUACCAAUUAGCCUGCCCCGCCCCCACUCCUCCCUACCUAGAUUUUCCCAGCCAUGUAAAGAGGUUUCUGCCCCGUUUCCUGACAUGUGAUCAGUUCCCCAACUAGGAUUCAAAUCCUCCCUUAACCUCAUCUUGUUUGACUUGUGUUCCGAAAGCAGGUCUAACCUUUGUCAUGUCUUUUCUCUGAGGUCUGGACCCUGUAUCUUAAUUCUUUAGUCCCUGGCUACUGUCGUUUUUUUCUCACUCAGAAAACAC